AUGACUGCUCAGAAAGAACGGAAAAAGCCUUCCUUUCCCUUAAUUCUUUCUGUUUUGUCGAUCGUGUUUUACUGCGCCGGUUUUCUACGAGUAGAAUUGGAUCUAAACGAACAGAAGAAGAGAAUACAAGCUCUUGAAAGCAUCGAAGAGGCUAAAUCACACACCAACAUUCUUGACCUCGUAACAAAGAGCAAGGAAAUCACUCCUGGUAAGUUUUUGACAAAAUUACUAAAAAAAAAAGACUCGACGUUUCAAAACAACAUACACAGCCACCAUCUACUAAACAAACACGAUAGUUUGGCCUUUUAUUGUACUGACUGCUGCCGGUUAAAUAAGUCUUAAAAGCCACAUGUAUCUCUAGUCAUAAUGGCAUUUGUCUCAAACGUCGUAUUUAACUCUGUUCGCUGUCAUUAUUCUCAGUAACCUAACAAUAAUUUACUAAAAUUCAUGCAUUAAGUUUGGCAGAUGUGAAGUGCGUCGUUUAAAAACCUGGCCUAAGUCAUUCACUGCCGAGCUAAAGGGACUGAACCAGCCAUGAAAGAUAUGACUUGACGCGAAGAUGUUUUUUUUCUCCUUCUGGUCAUAGUUAGUAGAAGAGGCCCGGCAAACAUCAAAGUUCAAAACAAGGGUGCUGUAGUUUAUGUUGGAAGCUCUCUGACCCUGCACAAUCCAUUGUUUUUUGUUCACAAAUUCUUGUGACUGAAUAAAUUAAGGCGAUGUUUCUAUUGGUCAGUAAGUUCAAAAUGAUGGGAACGCAAUUAAACGUUGUGCACGUCCCAGGUCCGAAAAAGCUGACAAAAACAUAUAACAAAGGAGUCUAACGGGUUUCUUAACAACUCCACUAUAAUAACUAUGUUCUGGUUUAUCCUGACUGCCGAACCACAAAUACGUUAAUGUUCAUCUGAUACCGAGCUAAACAAGCCAUCAAUAGAGAGAAGAAGUGAGACGUCACGUUAUCAUGGUAGCAACAUUUCUGGAUCACAACAAUGGGGAGCUUAAGGAACAACGACAGCGACGGCAACGAGACUGGUAAAAAAGAAAUCGGUUUAUUUUAGCAAAACAACAACUUUGCACGUGUAUCACAGUUUUUGGUACACUUCUCAGCCGUCGUUGCAGGUCUGCGACUUGAAUUUCUAAUUUCACGCGCCCGCUUUAUGGAGUUGGUGAACACAGAACAAGAAAUUUCUUUUAAUUUUCUUUUACUAACUCGAUACAUUCCUUUCGGAUUCAACCCCAGACAAUUUCGCCAAGAUUCUACAAGUUACAUGAAAUUGAAUAAGAUCGAUGAAGUUUCAAACAGUGCGAAUUCACUUUUUAAGUGACGUUUUCGCUUUGUUGUCAUCCAGAAAUUUUGCUACCAUGGCAAUGUGACGUAACGACUUCUCCUCUCUAUAAAAUCCGCGCUUAAAUCUGAUGUACAGGUUGGGCAUACUGACGGUUAUUGUGUCUUUAAUCCUAGAUUUAAAUCUGUUAAUUCCACAGAGAUCUAUCUAAAAGACCCACAGUGUGGCUUGUAGUCUGUAUGCCAACCUGGCGCUUCUAUCGCGGCAAAUUACACAGAAUGUUGCUUCUGCUUAUUUUGUAAUAGAUCUUAGAUCCUCUCUCUUAACGAAAGCAAAAUAUGAAAAAAUUUCGUUUUUUAGGUAUUUUACUAAAUGAAUAUCGUCAAUAUCAUUAUAUUAAGAAACGUCGUCUUUUAAGACCCGGAAGUCUUGGAUGUUAAAUCUUGCAGUUACAUAUUGAUCGACCUUCCUAACUAUCGGGCGCACUGUUAUUCAGUGGACAUAAAAUUAAAUCCUGCAUGUUUUACGAUACAUUUAAAUCACAGCUAAGCCAGUGAAAAAAUAUUUUUAAUUUCCGCUUUCAGGCAAAUCGAAAAAAAAUCUUUACCAGACAACCCCAUUAAUUUCUUUUAAAUUCCCUCUCUAGAUAUUUUUAGGGUAGUAAAACUCGCUAUUAUCAUGAAAGCUUGUAUGGUCUUUUUUUGUCCCUCUUCCUUUCAGUAUAAACAGAAUAUUGUUGUAGUGACGAGAAUUCUUUACAAUGAGAAAAACUUUACUGAUUAACAGCUCCUCGAGCGCUCCGAAAUAUUGGAAUCUGGAUCAUAGAAUUCUGGAAUGCCCUGAACGACAGUAACUAUUGUGUUACAUUUCGAAUUAAAAAAAGAAUCAAAUGUUGACAAAUUUUAAGAGCCAACGUCUGUAAUUUUCGAGAAUCGGUUGACAGUCGUGAAUUUUUUUAAUUUCUUCAUAUUUUGCCCACAUAAUCUCUAUAGUACACUUAUGUCAAAAAUCACAUUAAAACUUGUAACGGCUUUUUUAUUUUUUCCGCAAAGUUUAAAAAAAGCCAAAUCGGCGCUCUUUCGAGUAUGAAAUUAGCGAAAAUUAAGCAUUUUCUUCGCGCUCGUACAUAAAAACGGGACGAUAUCUCUUAAUGAAAUCAAGUCACAAGGAAAACACAGACUUGUNGAAAAGCAUUAAAAAAAACAAAAACACAACACAGCAACAACAUUAGGCCGCGUCGAGGAACAUUCGAGUCUGACCGGAAAAUAUCCUGUACUGAUAUCUUUUCAAUCGCUGUUAGCAUCGCAGGUGUAAGACUGAGCGAGUCUUGAAAAAAAGAAAAAGAUUUCAACUGAACUGACCUGGGUACGCUUAUCAACGCUUGCUGAAAAUUCUUUUCUCAUCACUUCUACAUACAAAACUUUUAUUGUUAAUGAUAUAUGAAAUAAAUCAUAUAUGAACUGCUGGUGCGAUGCUCUACCAACUGAGCUAUGAAGCCACUGACGUUGGGAGCAGGUCAGUUGUGGGUUCAUAUGUUCCCGUGAAAGAAAUGAGUGUUAAUGAUAUAUGAAAUAAAUCAUAUAUGAACUGCGGAAAUGAAAUGAAAAUGAAGAAAUGAUCGUCGCAGUGAACGCAAUUUUUGCAACUGCGUAAAGAAGCCUGAAAAAAAUUCAGGACUUCAACGGGGUUUGAAAUCCUGACCUCGCGAUUACUGGUGCGAUGCUCUACCAACUGAGCUAUGAAGCCACUAACGUUGUGAGCAGGUCAAUUGUGGGUUCAAAUGUUCCCGUGAAAGAAAUGAGUGUUAAUGAUAUAUGAAAUAAAUCAUAUAUGAACUGGCUUCAUAGCUCAGUUGGUAGAGCAUCGCACCGGUAGUCGCGAGGUCACGGGUUUGAACCCCGUUGAAGUCCUGAAUUUUUUUCAGGCUUCUUUACGCAACUGCAUAAAUUGCGUUCACUGCGACGAUCAUUUCUUCAUUUUCAAAACUUUUAUUGAUGAUCAUUAAGCUUCGUUUAAGACUAUCAAGGGGUAUACAAUGCCCCAAUAAACAAUUGUAAGAUAAUCAAUCACUACUUCUUUAUUAUUUAAGUGCAAGAGGAAGGGAAGGUAAUAGACAAGAAUGUAGGAAAAAUGUAGUGAUACAGCUCUGAAUAAUUAUGGUAUAAGGCAUUUGCCUAAAACAAAAAUGCUUGUAAAUUAUUAGCCAGCGAAUACAGCAGUCUCUCUUUGCUCCUCGCCCUAAGGGACGUCUACGCCUCAGCGACAGAAAUUCUAUAUUGAUGACGCAAAUUAAUGCUUACAUAACAAAUCUGGUCGCCAUGGAGUCCCAACUGGAAAUUUCUUCGAUUUGUUGUUUCUCCUGGUCGAUUGUGGUAAAGUUUCGUGUUUUUCUGUGAACGAGCCUCGCUGUUUCUUCUAAAAAAGAAUAUAUUGCACGAAUCUUGACUGUUUUUAAGUAGAUUCAUCCCGUUUGCAUUUGACAUUUGUGGCCUUUUGUCCUUUUUUCUGUUAUUCAUAAACAAGAGCAAAAACAACGUAACUUCUACGUUGGACAGAGUUUACGUCAUCAGUAUGGAAUUUCUGUCGCUGAGUCGCAGACGUCACCUAACGGCAAGGAGACGGCUGUAUCCGAAGGCCAGUAAAUGGUUUGGUGCCCGACUUUCUUUUUUGCUGACAGUGAUGGAACAGAUUAAUGUUGCAUUUUCAGACGCUCAUUCCGAUAACCAUCGAAGGGAAAGGCGCAAUGCUGAUAAUAUCAAGAACAAGACGGAAAAUAAAAACGUAGAAGCAACAAUGCUUAAAAUUUUGUCAGAGUUAAAACAGCACCACUCAUUAUCGCAAAGUAGCUCGUGUCUCCCAGGCCCUCCCGGGCCACCAGGUCUGAGGGGGAAGAAAGGGUCCCGUGGAAGAAGAGGACAGAAAGGAGACCAAGGUAUCAUGGGAUCAUCCGGAAAGAGCGGCAAGCAAGGUAUCAUGGGACCUGUAGGUCCGAAGGGUGAUGUUGGACUCAAGGGACAAAAAGGAGACAUGGGACCUGCAGGCAUGCCGGGAGCUAAAGGAGAACCUGGUGAAUCGAUUUCAGCUCCUGUUAUUGCUGUGUCCCCUAAAACACUGACAAUUAACGAAGGUGGAUCAGCCUCGUUUCAGUGUUCAGUGAGUGGUAAUCCUAAACCUGCACUAAAAUGGAGUAAACUGAAUAGUAUGCCACAAAUAAGUCCCUCAGUGGUGUCGGGAGGAAAGCUGUUGUUAAAAAAGGUGACGGGAUUUGACGCCGGGAAAUACAACUGUUCAGCGGUCAAUAUCUUUGGAAGGGCGAAUGCACUGGUACAACUUGUGGUAAAUGGUAAGUUUGUUGUGACUUGGGCGAUUGUAUGGAUAGAAGGUCGUCUUUUGUUAUUUAAAAAUAAUACGAACACUACACAAAACUAUUCUCACCUUUUUUUUUUUUUUUUUUUCUCAAACUAAGUUGCAGCAAUAGAAGCCUCAGACACAUUUAAAUGCUGAAGACUUUUUCUUUUCCAUUUACUUUAGUCAAUGAGUGCACUAAAAUAUAUAAAAAUUUAUUGAAGCUGUAGAACGAAUAAUUCAACGUAAGGAAGGUCAUAGCGGUUAUAGACGCACGUUUUUUACUUGGGAAAAUUAAAGCCUGAAAAAUUUAGAAGCGUUCUACCAAUUGAGCUAACAAGCCAACCCGGCGGUCCCUGGAGCUGCUUAUCUGUCACCGAUGUCAAAUGUUCGAACUUUCAACAUUGAUAUUUUUCAGGCUCUCUUUUGGUAACCGGGAAAGCUACGGCUAUUACUGCGUUGAUCGAUAUCAUCUUUUACAUUGUAUAAUCUCACUUUUUAUACUGAACACUGCUUUCUUGGUGUCUUAGGGGCAAUUGGCAUCUCAUUUUAUUUAUGCAAGACAAAGACAAGGGGUGAACUUCCUCUGUCAAAAUAUUAAGUGCAUAUUUCCACAAUUUUCACGACUUGUGUUUGCGAAGUAGGAACGGCCUUUGAGUCCCUAGUAUAUAUCACAGAAAACUCUUUCCGAGAUAAGCAUCGAGUGACGUUAAAAAUAGGACACCAUUUCCUGGUUUUCUUCCUUUUCACAGAGAAUUCGGAGUUUUUUUUAUUUACAGUCGUUUUGCUGCGGUUUGAGCACUUCUGUCUAGGCUUUAGUUCAAACUAGUGAUGAAUUUGUUUCAGUAUCGUUCAGAUCUCAUCAUAUUUGAUACUUAUUCUAGUUUCCAAAAUUUCACAAUGAAAGUAAUUUUCUUUGCAGUUCACCCUCAUGUUUCCCUUUAUCCGGGACCUCAUCACACAAUUGAAGGAAGUAAUUAUACUCUCCCAUCCUGUCACGUGACUGGGUAUCCUGCGCCCGUGGUCUCAUGGAGAAAGUCAUCCGGUCAAUUACCCCAGGAAAGAGUGAAGUACAGCAACAGUGCAUUACAAAUUCUUCAUCUUCGUAAAGAUGAUUCUGACUUUUACGUCUGUUCAGCAUCAAACCUAUUGGGACGCGUGGAAAAGAAAACUCUCUUAGUUGUUGUUUCUCCUCCACGAUUCACUGUUAAACCACCUGCUACAGUUGUUGCGUGGGUUGGUGGAAGCUUGAAGUUAAACUGCAGCGCUUCUGGUGAUCCACAACCAGUCAUCAGGUGGAAAAAACAAGCAGGGCAACUGCCCGUUGGGCGUAGUCAGCAGAUCAAUGGUUCUUUGGUCAUAAGAGAAAUUACAAUGAGCGAUAAAGGGAAUUACAUAUGUGUUGCAGUAAAUGCAGGAGUCUUUAAGUCGGAGACUGUUACCUUCACUGAAGUUAAGAAAGGUCUGUUACAAGUCAUUUCUAUGGUGUUUUCUACUGUGUUAAAGUUACACACUGUUUGA